GCGGAGCGGAGCUGACCGGCGGGCGAGGGGCCGCAGGGGGAGCGGACCGGGCCGGAGCCGAUCCGGAGCUGAGCCGGGAUCGGGCCGCGGAGCGGGACCCGGGCGAGGAGCAGCCAUGGCGCCGCGCAGGGCCGGGGCCCGCGCCGCUGCGGGCGGCCUGGGUGCCGAGUAGCCGGGCCGGAGCGCGGGCGGCGGCGGCGGCGGAGGCAGCUGCGCCCGUGCCCCCCGCUCUCCAGGCCCCGCGCCCCGCGCCCGGGCCGCCGGCGAUGGUGACACAUGCGGCGGCGGCGCGCCGGCGGCAGGACCAUGGUUGAGCGCGCCAGCAAGUUCGUGCUGGUGGUGGCGGGCUCGGCGUGCUUUAUGCUCAUCCUCUACCAGUACGCGGGCCCGGGACUGAGCCUGGGCGCGCCCGGCGGCCGCGCGCCGCCCGACGACCUGGACCUCUUCCCCACGCCCGACCCGCACUACGAGAAGAAGUACUACUUCCCGGUGCGCGAGCUGGAGCGCUCGCUGCACUUCGACAUGAAGGGCGACGACGUGAUCGUCUUCCUGCACAUCCAGAAAACGGGCGGCACCACCUUCGGCCGCCACCUCGUGCAGAACGUGCGCCUCGAGGUGCCCUGCGACUGCCGGCCCGGCCAGAAAAAGUGCACCUGCUACCGGCCCAACCGCCGCGAGACCUGGCUCUUCUCCCGCUUCUCCACGGGCUGGAGCUGCGGGCUGCACGCCGACUGGACCGAGCUCACCAACUGCGUGCCCGGCGUGCUGGACCGCCGCGACCCCGCCGCGCUGCGCACGCCCAGGAAGUUCUACUACAUCACCCUGCUGCGAGACCCCGUGUCCCGCUACCUGAGCGAGUGGCGGCAUGUGCAGCGGGGGGCCACGUGGAAGACAUCGCUGCACAUGUGCGACGGGCGCACGCCCACGCCCGAGGAGCUGCCGCCCUGCUACGAGGGCACGGACUGGUCGGGCUGCACGCUGCAGGAGUUCAUGGACUGCCCCUACAACCUGGCCAGCAACCGCCAGGUGCGCAUGCUGGCCGACCUGAGCCUGGUGGGCUGCUACAACCUGUCCUUCAUCCCCGAGGGCAAGCGGGCCCAGCUGCUGCUGGACAGCGCCAAGAAGAACCUGCGGGGCAUGGCCUUCUUCGGCCUGACCGAGUUCCAGCGCAAGACGCAGUACCUGUUCGAGCGGACGUUCAACCUCAAGUUCAUCCGUCCCUUCAUGCAGUACAACAGCACGCGGGCGGGCGGCGUGGAGGUGGGCGAGGACACCAUCCGGCGCAUCGAGGAGCUCAACGACCUGGACGUGCAGCUCUACGACUACGCCAGGGACCUCUUCCAGCAGCGCUACCAGUACAGGCGGCAGCUGGAGCGCCGGCAGCAGCGCCUCCGGAGCCGCGAGGAGCGCCUGCUGCACAGGGCCAAGGAGGCGCCGCCGCGGGGGGACGCCGAGGAGCCCGGCCGCGUGCCCACCGAGGACUACAUGAGCCACAUCAUCGAGAAGUGGUAGUGGCGGCCGGCGGGGGCAGGUGGGACCAGGCAGACUGACCAACACACUCGGCCCCCAGAACUCCGUGGGAAGAGGACCCCCGUCCGCUUGCCAGAAGACGGACGGACGGUUGAGGGAGGGGAAGGGGUGGGCCUGGUGGGUCGGUUCUUCCCACCCUCCCAGGCCGGGGCUCUGAGAAAUCAACGUGGGAACCCACUGGGUCAGAGGGAAGGGUGCUUGGAGGACACCCCCGACCAGGCCUGCAGGGCUGGGAGCAGGUACGUCCCCGCUCUCCCGUCCUCCUGGUCACAACGGCCACAGGUUUGAAGACUAGAAAAAUCCAGUGCAGCGGAAGGCGGACCUGCCAGGCCAGGUGUGUGGUCACGCCCACCAGGCACACGCCUGCUCCCCCCCCCCCCCCCACCCCACCCUGCAGGUAGCUCAGCCUCCAGGGAACCCCUGGCCCCAAGGCCUGCGUGGAGACACGGCAGCCCUCUGAGGUAGCCUCAGGAAUGGAGCUCCCAGCUCACCCAUCUUCAGGGUCAGGGCCCACCCCAUCUAAAGCCAAGAAGACUCUAGUCCAGCCCCUGGGAAGCCCACUCCCCUCUCUAGCCCAAGGUCAAAACCCACAGUGUGGCUUCAUGCUUCGGGUCAAGAGAUCAAAGCACAUCACCUGGGGUCCCCCACCCUGUUUUCCUCAGUCCCCAGACCAAGGGGCGCUGUGGGGAGAUGGUCCCCAUGCUGCACUGACCCCUUGCAUGGGCGGAGGGCAUCCCCGGAGUAGGAAGGCCAUAGGUGAGGAUGCUUCCACCUGUGUCCAGGCAGACCUCCCAGCCAGACCAGCUCAGACAGGAAGGGGGACAGAAAUCAAGAGCUCUCCCUGCCCGCAUUUUCCUUUCUGACCCUCUGGGCUUUGUUAGUGGGCUGCCCCCAGCCCCAAGCCCAUGACUUGGACAUUUAUGUGGGACUUAGACCCAAUUCCCCCCACAUCCCCGUGUAUAAAGUUCAGUCAAGCCUCCGUUGGCUGGAACUCUGCAGGCCACAGCCACUGCCCACGAGCCAUACUUUGGGGCCACGGUGGUUCAGGACAGCCAGGAAAGGGUACUCGGGCUUUCAGAUUCUCCUCCAGGAUUGGAAGAAACAGCUCUGGGUGGCUCCCCUAGUACCCAGAUACACAGCCCCCCGACCCUGGGCUCUCCCCGUGUUUUCCUGCACCCUUGCCCCUACCAGCUGGUCAGGCCUGUUCCCCGCAGCCCUGCAGAUUGGAGAAGCCAUGUUCAGUCCACUGUAGACACUUGCCCCACGCCCAUCCCUCCUGUGCUCGAGGAGGCCAGGCCAGCGUCGCCUCUGGACGUGCACCCCCCUCCCCCCGACAUGAGGCCCGAGACCUGGUUCUGGGGAGCUGAGUGUGAGCCCCAUGCCCGAGGUGGAUGGGCACCCCGUCUCCCCAGGAGAGGAAGCACACGUGCCCGGCAGCUGCAGGCCAGACUCGAGGGUGGUGAGGGCCCCGGGCCCCCGGCAGCCUCAUGGGCAGAUCCUGCCAGGGUUCCCUGCCCCAGGUUCCCCUUGGCCACCCGAGCUGCCCUCCUGUGGAAUGAGGGGGUCGGAGCCGAGACCCUUCCGUAAGCACCGGAAGGGUUAGGUGGCUACCCAGGAGCCAACAGCUUUAGUCUUUGCCUGUCUGGCCUGAGCCGCCCCCCCUCACCCCCCCCGCCCGCCCGCCAGCUUCCUGCGCUGGCCGCUUCAUCUUGCAGUCCAAGGACAGCGCAGUCAACAGGCCCCUGAGAGCUGACACAUCGUGCUAAGGAGGUGAGUGCUCAGGCAGCUCUUUGAAAGGGGUGUGAAGGUCAGCAUGGGGGUCUGCUCCAGUACUCAUUUGGGGCGGGCGCGCUCCAGGGAGGAGGGCGGGACACGUUCACGAGAGCUCUGGGGUCUUGCACAAGCACCCGCGACGCUAGGGGCUUGCUGUGGCCUCCCACCGGGAGGAGAGCUGUUGUACGUGAGCCCCCCGGGCACCCGGCCAGCGGCCUGGCUCGAGCAGCCCUCCCCAAGGUGCGUUCCUGAGGGUGUGGCCCGAGUGCAGGAUGUGUUUUGUACAUAAUGGAGUGUUUUAACUCAUGGCCCGUUGUCCCAAGUCACACGGUCUCCUCGGUUUCUUCACUGCAUCUGGAAGGAGGUCCUGGCUCCGGCCAGCAUCCAGGCAGGGGUGCUAGUGACAGCACCAGCUGGCAGUGCCCCUCGGCCGCUUGAGUCUCCCGUCCAGCACUGCCGGCUCAGGACGCCUGCUUUGAGGUAAAGGCUUCUUGUGCCUGCAGCGUCUCCUCCAACACCACCGGCUGGGGCUCCAGGGAAGGGAUGGCCUCCCCAGGGCUCUUCCCAGGGCUGAGGGACAGAAGCAAACAUGCAGUGAGCGAGCAGCUCCCCGCUCCCACCACCCCAGGCCUUCGAUGUCCUCUCUCGGAGGAGGCGUGAGGGACGAGAGAACUGUCCAAGCAAUGAGUCUGUGAACGUUUUGGGAACUGGAAGAGUUUAACUUGAACCCAGGAGCGUUUAAAGCUUUAUUUAUUUAUAGCUUCUUAUUAAAAAAAAAAAAAAAGUGUUGAGAAGAAACCUUUUGGUGACUCAUACAAAAAAAUGAGUUGAUGAUGGAAACGCAAGUCAUAAUCAUCUAAUUGUUUUUGUCUAGGUCAAGAUGAAUGUUAGCAGAUGAAAUAAACCCUGAAAAGGA